UACAGCAUACAUACUAUACAAACUAACAUUUAGUCCGCGCUGCCAUUCGAAUAAGCAGAAAGCCCGAGCUCUGAAGUCUAGCACAUAUAGCAAAAAAGAAUAGAUACUCCUAAAAGGAAGAAAUAACUAAAAAGACGCAGAUAUAUGAUUAUUAACUAAUAAAAACUAGUUCAAAUAAUGCAAAUCAAUAUAAAUCAACGCGACGCAGUGUAAAUAGAAUUUUUUUUCUAAAGGUGAAGUGCUAUCACGUAGCGAGGAUACAAGCCUGUUGGAAGGAUCCUAAUCCAUUGACUUCUAUUAUACAGUAACAAGUAGGCCUUCAAAAGGUUGGUCCUCGAAAGAUGAGCGGAUUAUGAGCGAGGGAAUUGUGAAGUUUAAACAAGAUUUUAUCGAAACUAUUCCCAUCAAAACGGCGGCGACAACGUAUGACUUUUUGGACCAUGCGCCGAAAAAGGAUAAGAAAUGGUCCUUGGGCAACCUAUUUAGACGUAAGAAGAAAGAAGAGAGCGAAAGUAGUAGUGACGAUGAAGUGAAGAGGAAGAAUCUCGUCAAUAAGAAGAAGAGGAGAAAUGAUAAGAGGAAGAAGAAUCUCGGAUUUGAUCAUAUUGUAGUAGCUAAAAGCAGAGGAUCUUAUAUAGUUACUAAUGGAGUCGAAGAUGUUGGGAUACUAUCGGAUCCAAGUGGAGGAUUUAGUUCUUACGUCGGAAGACCUUUACCGAGGAUUCCUGUUGACGAGAACAAGAACGAUUAUGGAGUUGAUAGCAUCACGCGUAAAGGAAAGAGGGAGAGGACUAAAGCUCGUGCUAUUGCUAGAAGAGAUUCCUUGAGACAAGGCAGUAGUUCGGAUGAAGAUUCGCAGCGUUCUUAUUCAUCGGCAAGGUUUAGGAGCGACGAAAGCUUGAGCAGAGCAAGAGAUGGUUCUAUGAGUAGGAGAAGCAGGACAGCAAGAACUGAAAGGUACAUAAAGAGACUAUCUAAAGAUGAUGAGUCUAUUUUGAACCGCGAGGCGCUGCAGCGACAGACGCGGGAAAAUUGGCAUUUGAAGUUGCCUGAAGAUUUGUCGAGAUACGGCAGAUCGGCAAGUAAAAGUCCUAUUCUUAGUACCACUCCCAAAUCGGCGGAAUGUUACAUAAAUAGUGCACCUUUGUCGCAGCCAACUUACUCGGGAUUAUUCACCAUACCACCUAGUCAUAGCAAUCAUAAUAAAUUUAGAACGAGUAACCCGCAAUUGAGUAACCCAACGCCGAGACAAGAAGCAAGAAGUUUCAAUAACCGGAGCAUCUCCUGCGAAGCUAACAUCCAUAACCAGCAAGAAACAAUAAUCCAUGCCCAGUUGCCAAUUGCCAAGCCUAAUAGAUUCAGGAAUUUGAGUUUAAUCGAACAACCACGGCUAAUAAAGCAACCACCGCCUCCACCUCCAAGAGACCCACGGAGGCUAGUACAGAUCGACACCAGACCCAUGUCAUUUUGUUCACAACGUCGAAACAACGAAAAUCUCUUCCAGCCAAGUUACAGAACGGUUUCAGAAGAUCACAUACCAACUGAGCCAAAGCAAUCUUUAUCACCUCGACCGUCUUCCGUAACCAACGAAAACAGAAGACAUACACCAGAAUCAACAGACAAGUUCCAAUAUUUAACCGAAAAGAAAGCUAGGAGCCGCAAACCCAUUUUCAUUCAAUCUCAAGAAAGUAUAAAGAGUCCACAAAUGUUCACAGCUGAAACGCACGUUCAAACUAAAGUUUAUUUACCAAGUGCAAUUGCCACAGAGAAUCGGAAUCCAAGCCCUUUCAAACCAAUUUCUAGCGCCAACUCGAAUGAUAGUAUAGCGCAUGAGAUCAAUAGAAAGUCAGCCAAUUUAGAAGAAGCUUUAGAUGAGUUGGAAGCAAUUUACAAAAGUUUGCAUUUGGGAGAUGAAGAUCUGCUUGAAAGGGCGGAACAGAGAGAAAUGUCAAUAGCAUCGAAGAAACUAAUAGAAACCAAGGCUGAAUCAUAUCCAUCUUGGGGUGUCAUUCCUCGAGGGGCUAUAAGUGAUUCUUCUUUUACUUACGAGCCUUUUGAUUCGGUAGAUUCCCCGAAAAAGAAGCGCUACCUUAAGAAAUCUCAUACCCUCGAUCGCAAGAAUGACGAUAUGGCUUAUAGAAAACUACACAAAGAACGUGCCAAUACCAUUAACAAUUCCCAAUCUGUAGUUUCUAAUGUAAGUUAUUUAUUAGCUUCACCGGUUCACGGAAUGCAAGACGAAACCGAAAGUGUACCAGAUGAGAACAAUCACGAACCAGAUGUGACUUUGGACGAUGUCGUUUACAGGACAAUAAAACACGCCAAUAACUCUUUGAAGGUAAUCGAUCCACAGCCACCAUUUGGUAUACCAAUUGGUCCAAUUACUCCUGCUCCAAACAGCGAUUACCUACACGCCGCUCCUGAGCCUAUACCGAGGUACUCGUUUAAACUAAAAAAUAUUCCCGACGUCGUCAAAGAUGACUUAGCAUUCAGAAAUCUAAGGAAAGAUUUUAACAAGGAGCCGGCCUUGGAGAAUAACAGUUCGUUGAAGAAGAAAAGGGCAGUGAGAUCCUUAUCCGCGAACCUCAUGAAUAUCAAAGAGAAUAAUAACGUCGAGAAUGAAUUUAAAAAGACCACCUUGACUGAUAUUGCUGAUGCAAUGGAGAUCGCCCGGCAGAUACUCAAGGACAAGGAUAGCAGGAUAAAUUCGACCAGAAGGGCUUUCUUGAGUGAUAGCGAGACGAAAAAUAUGAAAUUUGCUUCGGAAAAUGGUGCAGAUAAUAUAUCAGAGAGCAGAAUGAAUUUCUUGAACGAUAUGAGAAAUGAAAAAGUUAAAGAUUCUUCCUUUGAAGAUUUACUUACUGCUUUGGCUGUUGAAGCUAGAGAGACGAGCGACAGAAUUACCAAAGAACUGGAUGAGCUUGAUAUUAAGAAGCAACAAAGUAAUGAGUUGGAAAUAGAUAGUAAGCAGGAGUUGAAUAAAAGGUUGGAAGAGAUUGAUGAGGUGUCGGAGCACGCGCGACUCUGCGAGAAACUGUUGGAAUGCGUGGUCAAAACUGAGGAAGUUGAAGAUAUUGAAAGUGAGUUCCCGAAGGUGGUGGCCAACGUGGUUACAACUAGAGUCGAUGAAGAAAUUUGUGAUCCAGUUCAUAUUGAAGUUCACAGCGUCUCCGAUCACGAUUAUGAGAAUUUGGGAUCCGACGCGGAAUUCGAUAAAGCGAUCCCUCUGAUUGAUGAAGAUGUAGCCGGAAGCAGGUCGCCCUUCGAGGAGCAUCGUGAAGAACUAAUUGCGAGUUUCAAAGGGCUUGGAAAAUUGGAUAAUAGGGAUUUCAGCAGCGAGGAUGAGGAAGGUGUUGUGUAACUGCCGCCCAACCCCUUCUAAAAUAGAUGUGACCGUCUUCAGGUAACUUUCGACCAGAGCUUUUAACCAAAAAAAAA